CAGUCCUUGAGGUGAUUGAAACACUUACCGAAGUUGCAGGCAUAAACGUCCACUCAAUAUUCCUUUGGCUGAUCAAUCUACAACUAGCACUCAAUGACGUCAUCAAACGACGAGAUUGGCGAGAAGAUCAAACGACCAAUGAAUGCGUUCAUUUUGUGGUCACGUGAACGACGCCGUGAACUAGCAAAUGAAGAUCCGAACAUGCAUAAUUUUGAAAUCAGCAAAAGACUUGGUAUCGAAUGGAACCGCCUUGAUCCGAAAGAGAAGAAGCAUUUUUACGACGAAGCACAGAAGCUUAAAGAAGAACAUCGCAAGAAUUAUCCCGACUACAAGUACCAUCCAAGACGCAAACCACGGCGUCGCUUUAGUCCCAUCAACCCACCCCCUCAUUAUAGAAUGACGUAUUAUCUUCCAGAGAAAGGCUAUCAACAUGCUUAUCAACCAUAUCCGUCCAGGCAUCAUUGGUUUACCAACACCACCUUAUCCAGCACCAUUCCAACCUCUGAUAUAAGGUAUUACCCACAACCCCAUAUUCUCAUGAAUGGAAGUGUUCCUAUACCCGCGGCGUAUUAUGGUAUAAAAGAUAUCCCAUCAUCCUGGAGUUGGCAAAAAGAAGCAACAAUGGAAAGUAAAGAGUGUCCAAUGGACAUGGUUUCUCGCCUCACUCCCACCGGCCUAGUUAAAAGAGAAGAAUUAUUGCGCCGCGCGGCUGAAAGCAGCUUGGAAUUUAAUACCGGGAAACAUGAAACAGUUGAAAAGAGCCUGGAAACAAGUAGACAUUCGGGAUAUCAUCGUGAUGUGUCGUCUUCACACGUAUGUCUCGGGUGUCAUGGAGGAGUGCCGAUAUUUUACCCAGGAAUACAGUUACCAACAACUCCCAGUUCGUAAGAACUUCACAAAAACUACAGAAAUAAGCAUUAAAGGCAUGCGAGGACAAACAAACUACAAUUUGCUAGCUUGUGCAGUAUCAAUACCUGACUAACACGUAAAUAAAUAUUGGGAGGUUUUCCUGUGUAUUUCAGGCAUUUGAUUAACUAGUUAUACAUUUUGAAGUAAUCGAGAAAAACAAAUAAUUUAUCACGUUAUGAUCGUCGAGAAGAAAAAUAAUUAGUUUAAUUAACAAGUGAACGGACAUAUAAAAUUAUGAUGUACUUCAUAGUGCAAGAACGUGACCCUGUCUGAAUUGCUGACAGUAUAUGACGAAAACUACAAUAAUUUUACUAAUCUAUAGCCUAUAAAUAGUUUCCAUCGCUAAUUAAAACAGUUUAAAAUGAAGUACUCUCAUAAUGUCUUAAAAUUUCAUUCAAACCAAUUCUCAGUUACCA